CCGCAGCGUCAGCGCCGCCGCCUCCUUCCCUCCUCCUCCGCCUCCUCUUCUUCCUCCGCCCCCUCCACCGCCGCCGCCGCCGCCGCCGCCGCCCCCGACGCGGCGCCGGGAGCCCGCGCCCAGCCCCGGGCGGGCGGUGCCAUGCUGCCCCCGCGGCGGCGCUGAAGGAUGGCGACGCCGGUCCCUCCGCCCUCCCCGCGGCACCUGCGGCUGCUGCGUCUGCUGCUCUCUGGCCUCGUCCUCGGCGCGGCCUUGCGCGGCGCGGCCGCCGGCCGCCCGGAUGCAGCCGCCUGUCCUGGGAGCCUGGACUGUGCCCUGAAGAGACGGGCACGGUGCCCCCCGGGCACACACAUCUGUGGGCCCUGUCUUCAGCCCUUCCAGGAGGAUCAACAGGGACUCUGUGUGCCCAGGAUGCGCCAGCCUCUGGGGAAGGGCUUGCCCCAGCCCAGACUGGAAGAGGAGAUCGACUUCCUGGCCCAGGAGCUGGCUCGGCAGGAGGCUGGGCACGCCAGGCUCCAGGCCCCGCCCCAGCCUGAGGGGCAGCAGCGACUCCUGGAGGCUGCAGUCACCCUGGGGCUGUCACAGCGUGGCCAGGGCCCAGACCUGGGCCUCCCCUCCACUCAGGGAGCCCCAGUGCCCACGCCCCGCACCUCCCUGGGCUCCGCUGUGUCAUCCGGGCCUGUGCACAUGUCCCCCCUGGAGCCGCGGGGUGGGCGUGGGGACGGCCUCGCCCUCGUGCUGAUCGUGGCCUGCUCCGUGGCCGGCAUAGCCGCCCUCGCUGUGGCUGCUCUCUGCUGGUGUAGGCUGCAGCGAGACAUCCGCCUGACGCAGAAGGCCGACUACAUGGCCCAGCAGGCGCGCAGCUCCCCCGCGACGCCAGGGGUCUCGCCUGGAGACCAGCGGCUGGCGCACAGCGCGGAGAUGUACCACUACCAGCACCAGAGGCAGCAGAUGCGGUGCCUGGAGCGGCAUAAAGAGCCGCCCAAGGAGCUGGACUCUGCCUCCUCCGACGAGGAAAACGAAGACGGGGACUUCACGGUAUACGAGUGCCCGGGCCUGGCCCCGACCGGAGAGAUGGAGGUGCGGAACCCGCUAUUCGACCACGCCUCGCUGUCUGGGCCCGCGCCGCAGUGACCCGAAGGGCACAGGACGCGCCGUCCGUCCGCGGGUGGGGAGGGGCAGGGCCUGGCGUUUCCCAUUAAAAAGACCACGUCCUGA